GGUUGUAAAUAAACAAACUCGUUUUGUAGUAACUAGUUCAAAAUGACAUUCCUUGAAGAUACGUUAAUAAUGCUAAUUUCUCAGGUGCUGUUCUUCGCUGGAGGGCUGAUAUUCUUCACCAAGAAACUGUUCCGUGACUAUGAAGUACACCACAUGCUCAUACAGAUCAUUUUUUCCGCGACGUUCACCCUCUCGUGCACAAUGUUCGAGCUGAUCAUCUUCGAAAUUAUUGGGUUUCUGGACCCAAGCUCGCGCUUCUUCCACUGGAACCUGGGGCUGUACAUGAUGCUCUUCAUGGUGAUCGUCCUCAUCCCGUUCUACAUCUGCUACUUCAUCCUCAGCAACAUCAGGCUAGUGAGGAAGCAGAUGAUCCGGCCGCUCACGCUCGCCAGCUGGCUGCUGUUCAUCUACCUGUUCUGGAAGAUCGGCGACCCGUUCCCCAUCCUCAGCCCCAAGCACGGCCUGCUGUCCAUCGAGCAGGCCAUCAGCCGCAUCGGCGUCAUCGGGGUCACCGUCAUGGCGCUGCUGUCCGGCUUCGGCGCCGUCAACUACCCGUACGCCUCCAUGGCCUGCUUCAUGAGGCCCGUGACCCCACAGGACCUGCAGCUGACGGAGAAGCGCCUCAUGCAGACCUUGGACAUGAUCGUGGUGAAGAAGAAGCGCAUCGCGCUGGCCCGCAAGGGCUCCGUGGUGCGGGGCCCGGGCGAGGACCCCGGGGGACGCGGCAUCUGGGGCAUGCUGCGCACCGUCACGGCCUCCCCCGGCGGCGAGAACGUGCGGCAGCUGCAGCAGGAGGUGGCCGCGCUGGAGGAGCUCAGCCGGCAGCUGUUCCUCGAGGCCCACGACAUGCACAACAUGGCGGAGCGCCUCGCCUGGUCGUCCACGCUGCAGGGGCGCUACUUCAACUUCCUGGGCUACUUCUUCUCCCUCUACUGCAUGUGGAAGAUAUUCAUAUCGACCAUCAACAUCGUGUUUGACCGCGUGGGCAAGAAGGACCCGGUGACGCGCGGCAUGGAGAUAGCCGUGCACUGGCUGGGCCUCCCGCUGGACGUCACGUUCUGGUCGCAGCACAUCUCCUUCUUCCUGGUGGGCUGCAUCGUCAUCACGUCCAUCCGCGGCCUGCUGCUCACGCUCACCAAGUUCUUCUAUGCCAUCUCAAGCAGCAAGUCAUCCAACAUCAUUGUGCUGGUGCUCGCUCAGAUAAUGGUGCGUGGCCACAGCUUCCGUCUGGCGUGUGAGGUCUCUCCACGCACAGGACCAGGUUGUAACGCUGCUACAGCUCGUUGGGCGAUCCCGACCACCAUUAGCAGCCAGGCAUGUACUUCGUGUCGUCCGUGCUGCUGAUGCGCAUGAACAUGCCGGCGGAGUACCGCGUCAUCAUCACCCAGGUGCUGGGCGACCUGCAGUUCAGCUUCUACCACCGCUGGUUCGACGUCAUCUUCCUGGUCAGCGCGCUCACCUCCAUCGGCUUCCUGUACCUGGCGCACAAGCAGGCGCCGGGCGAAGCCGCGUAGCCAGUUCUCUGAAGUACACUCCCCGACGGGGCUGGAGCUCGCAGAGUUUUGAGCCAGGAAUUAUGCACGUGUGUACAGUAACUAUUCACGUACAACUUUUUUCUCUCCAAUUUUAUGAAAGCAACGGUGUGAUAACUACACAGACCAUGAGAAGCCAGGUAACUUGUUUAAAGAGAAACGUACUCGGAGGCUAGUGCUGGUGCUAAGAAACGUGUAACAUUUGCGCAGACGUGUGGUCGUGACAUCCCGUUGGUUGGAACAGCAGAGCUGCCGGAAGUUAGCGACUAAAUAGGCGGUGCACCGAUCCAGACGCCAACGAACGUGUGAUGACCGACAUUUUGAAAGCCUCAUGUAAAUUUUAUGUGUACAAGACAUUUUGAAGGCAUUGUGUAAUGUAGAAGAUUAAACUUGUGUGGCAGUGGUUAGGAAAGAAAUGUGAAAUGUCAAUUGUAGCAACAGGCAGACACAUCAUGUGAUUUAAUGGUUCAGUGUUGAAGACUGAAAAUUGUGACUUCAAAGUAACUUGAAAACUGACUAAGCAUAUUAAAUGACCAAGGAAUGGCAUUACUCCAAAAAUGUGCCCACACAAAUUUAUUCUAAAAUAUUUAUGACGUGUAUCUCACCCUGUCUUAACCCUUCACAACUGUCAUAAUUAAAUUCUUUAAACUUAUAUACAUGCAAUGACUCUGAAAAAAGAAUUGAAUGCCAUUUUUCUUAACAUACAAGCUGGAACAAAGCACUAUUUUCUCCGUUUUUCCAGGAUAUGGACACCAGCUGGUGUUCAAAUACUUGGUCGAAAGAAACAUCCCCAGUGCUGUAAAUGUGAUUCCUUUUUGUUGACUUUCCAUUACCAAAUUUGGCAUUGAGAGUGUCUCGGUACACAUAUUUAAUCAGCUAUCGCAUUGCUAGUAACAGUUGACGUGCGACUAUAAGCCGUCAGCCCCUCCCUUCCUAAACACACGUGUGCGGGCCGCCGCCGUCGGCCGUGAUAGCUGUCUCCGCACGGUCACGGUCGCGGCACCAGCUGCCAGGGCGACCACGCCCACGACUCGGUCGCCUGUAGCAACCAGUCGGGUGCGCGCGCACACUCCUCUCAGAGGCCACUACCCCCUCUCUCGCCACGCAUCCUUCCCCCCUCCUCCGCUGGCCGCCACCCCAACCUACCCCCGCUCCCACUCGGCUUGCCGGGUGCGUGCGCAUCUCCCCCCACCCCUACUCCGCCGGCCGGCCGGAGUACCUGGACGCGUCCAGCGAUUCCCGGAAUUCCUCCCUCCUCAACGUCACCCUCGGCCCUCAGGGUGGGUAUAAAAGGGCCAGCCCUUAGCUGAGAAGGGCAGUUGGUGUCGAGAGACACCAAGGGCAGCGGAGCCAGACUCACCGCACUGACCUCUCUCCAAGCUCUGUGAGCAGCGCAUGCGCGUCAACGACGAGAUGACCGCCUGUCACGCGCAUCGAGGCCCGAGUGCCGGAGGCGUGUGGCAGUGUACGCGACCGCGAGUGAGAGUAGGGCGAGCGAACGACCAGAGUGUAUGCGACCGCGAGUGAGAGUAGUAUGAGCGGACGACCAGUGAGAAUGGGAAAGACUGCCGCUAACCCAUAGUGCCAAAUUAAAACCAGUUCAAAACAUCAAGUGUGUAUCCUUUCGGGGGACGCGGGAUUCCACUGGGAACCCCCCCACCAUCAAGGAGCCGGACGCAGCCAGCACCACCUCCGGAGACCCGGCCACCGCACCACCGGACCGGUGAGAAACAUCGGCAGCUGAUGCCCUUCUUCCGCCGAGGGGGAGCGAAGAAGCCUGGCCAAGACCCAUCCCUGUGGAAGGGGAUUCGCCAGAUGCGGCCCCCUGGGUCUACACUCAAGCCCGAGACAAGGCGGCCGUGGAGAGGAGGAGGCUAGCUGCUCGCGGCCCUGACCCAGCCGCCGUGUACAGGCCCACACCUGCAGUCUGGGAGCUCCAGCCGAGGGUCCAGAGGAAGAGUGAUCCCCACUAGGAGUCCCUCGCUGGGAACAACCCCCAGAAAUCAUCAGGCCAUUUCCCCCCACUCCACCCAGGAGCUGGCAUUAACCGAGACAGAGAGACACCGCCAACCGAACUUUCUCCUUCCAUCCCUUAGGCAGGAAACAGAUUGCCGGCAAGUAUGCUCCUAAACAACAGUCGUAGGGAAGCGUACUGCGACACAGUUACAUUUCUCAGCUUCCACAAGGUUUAAAAUAUCUGUUAAGUCCCAGCACACUGGUGGCAGCACACGAGAACGUUAUAAGGCUACGUGGUGAUGUGAAACAUGGCUGCUUUUACAGAGCACAUCAGCUGUGCAUGCAACGCACGUACCACAGCAGCAGAUUCUAUCUCUUGCAGUACCAUGUCGCAGUAGCAUCGCUGUAACACGUGCUGUACGUACUGCUAUCGCAAUGAUGUACCGCACCUGUGUUUGAGUACAUUAACGCUACCUUGCUGCAAGCCUACAAUUUUCUUUUGACACUUGUGUAAAAUUAACAUUGCAUUACGAAAUGUAUGUUGUAAAUAAAAUAAAUACAAGAACAAAUA